AAUUUUCACUGCUUGUUUGCCACUUAAACAUAAGCUAACAUAUAUCCUUGCAGUUCAGAUUGAACCACUUCUCACUUUUUCUCCACUAGGUGCAGUUUCAGGAUGUUACCAUGUUGCUGAAGGUGAAAUACCGUAGUGUCAAGAAGUACAUCAAAUUGCACUCAGGCUUCACCUAUUCAGAAUUCACCAGGGAAGUCAAAAAUAAGUUUGGGCUUCCUGAUGAGGCUCAACUUUACAUUUUUGAUGAAACUGACACAGCAGUAGAGGAAGACAUUCUUCUAGAGCUGUUGGAGGCCAAUCCAGACAUGUGCCUGACAGUACGUCAGUACAGCAUUUCAGAUGAAGAAUUUUCUCCUUUACCACCAUCUUCAACACCAUCUUCCCUCACGGAUACCACAUCCCUUUCUUCAAGUGACAGUGACCGUAGAGAACUGAGUAUUCCCACAACAAGCAGAAAUGUAUUCAGCAAAGAACACAUGAGCAGUUCUGCAACAAAGGCUUCUGUGUCAGAGGCGGCAAAGGAGAUGGUAGAAAAGGCCUUGCUUAAGAAGCCUGGAGGAGAGGAUAUUCUUGAAGAGUACAAGUCAGAAAAUUCACUAAUGCACCGCACUCGGAGACAGCUUGUCAACCUAUUGGCGAGUGAUAUGACUGAGAGACAUGGCAGGUUUCCUUCCCGUCAGCAGAAGGAGAAGUAUGCCCUGGGAAUUAUUACUCUCUUUCCCUCACUGAAGGAUCCUUUUUCUCCAAAUGGCUAUGAGCAUUUCUAUGAUGGGGAAAAGGGCACUGGAUAUUUAGCAUGGCGCCUCAAAACCAUUUCCAGGACUGCAGGAAAACGGCCAGUCAAGGAAGCCUCAGUGUAUCAACCACAAGGACCAAAGCGCCGAAGAUCAGCAAGCACACUGCCUGAGCAACUAGAUGGAGAUGCCUGCAGGGAGGCCAUUUCAUUUCUUGUUCACUCUCCUGAUGAAGCAAGUGUAUUUCAGAAGAUGAAGAUGACAUUUCAACAUCGUCAGGACCUAGUGCAUGACCCACAAAGAAGCACAGAUGUCUUCAAAACAUUUCCACGCUUUUUGGAUGUCAAAGGACUGGUGAAUCAAGACUUCCUGCUGCUGUUUGGUGCUGAAAUGGCCUCCAAGAUGCUUGAGAAGUGGGACACCUCAUUCAAGCCCAAGGUCAUCAAAGAGGCCAAACAACUGACUCAGACAAAUGAGCUGUGCCGACUUCUAAAAGCUGCUGAGAAACUCACAGAGAACGAUGAAAUGAACUGGGACAGUGACAUCGCUUCUAUGCUGCUGCUUCUCUAUCUCUUGCCACCCUCAGCUGGACGGAAGAGGACCAAAAUAAGUCCAAGUGAUGCAGUGGACAAAAUGGUGCACUUUCACAAGUCAUGCUGCAGCAUCAAUGAAUAUAUGCAGGAAAGAGAGGGUAAACAACCGUACAUCCUUGCAGUUGGCCGAACCCAGAAGAAGAUUGAUGCCUUCUACAUCGCCGUUGACAAACAGCUCAUCCCCUGCCAAGCCACCAGCUCAUUGGGUGCUUUUGAUGAACUGUUUAAAUCCCACUACGUCUUUAACUUAUCUUAUGAUGAGUCCCUGGUCCAUUUCUACACUUUUUUGCAGACAACGGUCUACAACAUUGAUGUUACCACAACAGAUGAGUCUCCAAGAGUUCGUGAGUUGCGGGCAAAACUUUUGAAUAACAUAUGAUUAUGUUUAAAUGUUUCAUUUGUCAAGCAGUGCAUGCUACCAGCCAGUGCCUAAUAACUCAUUUGCGAAUCGGGCACAGUUUCUAUCCAAGCACCAGGUUUAAGUUAAUAUGUGCACAAGAUAAUUGUAGGCGUCAGUUUUCAACAUUUGCAGGUUUAAAAAAACAUUUAGUUCAUGUUCAUAAGAGUUGUCAAAGUGGUGAUGCAGAAACCUCAGAGUCAUUUCAGGCUGAUUUUCACAUUUUGCAAAAUAGUACAGAAGUUGAAGGAACAAGUGUCGUGCAGAGCCCUGAUGCUGGGUAUUUUGACAACAAUGGAUCAGGCCAAAGUAUCACAGAAAACACAAAACAUAUCUGUGCUACAAUUGUUGCCAAACUCCAUGGUAGUGGUAUGGCAAAUAGUGUAGUUUCAUCAAUUAUUAGUGAUUUGGAAGAACUUGCUGGUGGACUGCACUCCCAAGUUAAGCAUGAAAUACUGUCUGCUGUGCCAAAAGAUAACCCUGUAAGAUCUUCAUUGGAAAAGGGUUUUGAGAAUUUUGAAAACCCAUUUGUGAGUUUUAAUACUGAAACUAAAAGAAUGAAGUAUUUCAAUGAGAAAUGGGGGAUUGUGGAGCCA